AAAGCAUUUAUACACAGGGAGCAAACUCUUUUCUUCAUCAAAACCAAUUUCUUGGACGGUACUCCAAACCCUCGUAGUUCCAAAUUCUCUCUCCUCCCAAAUCCAUCAAAAAAUCUUCAGCAAUGGCGGCAUCAGCCAUGGUGCUCGACCCUAAACCAGUCCCACCUCCACCACAACCUUUAGAACCACCAGCAACUGUCUCAUUCACGGCGUCGGAGGACACCUCCGUCGUUGAAGAAGAAGAUCUCUACGGCCGAUUGAAAUCCCUAGAAAGGCAAAUCGAAUUCAAAGGAAUUCAAGAAGAAUAUGUGAAAGACGAGCUGAAAAACCUCAAGAGAGAGCAUCUAAGAGCUCAAGAAGAGGUGAAGCGGAUUCAAUCGGUGCCGCUUGUAAUUGGGCAGUUUAUGGAGAUGGUCGACCAGAAUAACGGGAUCGUUGGGUCCACUACUGGGAGUAAUUAUUAUGUUAGGAUUCUUAGUACUAUCAAUCGUGAGUUGCUUAAGCCUUCGGCAUCGGUCGCGCUUCACCGACAUUCGAAUGCGCUUGUCGAUGUUCUUCCCCCGGAAGCCGAUUCGAGUAUCUCUCUUUUGAGUCAGUCUGAGAAGCCUGAUGUUAGUUAUAAUGAUAUUGGAGGAUGUGACAUUCAAAAGCAGGAAAUUCGUGAAGCAGUUGAGCUGCCUUUGACUCAUCAUGAUUUGUACAAGCAAAUUGGUAUUGAUCCACCCAGGGGUGUUUUGCUUUAUGGUCCUCCUGGUACUGGAAAGACAAUGCUUGCAAAGGCUGUUGCCAAUCAUACCACUGCAGCCUUCAUUAGAGUUGUUGGUUCUGAGUUUGUUCAGAAGUACUUGGGUGAGGGUCCUAGAAUGGUUCGUGAUGUAUUUCGCCUUGCUAAGGAGAAUGCACCAGCAAUUAUCUUCAUUGAUGAGGUAGAUGCUAUUGCUACUGCUAGGUUUGAUGCUCAGACUGGUGCUGAUAGGGAGGUUCAGCGUAUCCUCAUGGAACUUCUUAAUCAGAUGGAUGGGUUUGACCAGACCGUGAACGUUAAGGUUAUCAUGGCAACUAAUCGAGCUGAUACUCUUGAUCCUGCAUUGCUACGACCUGGAAGGCUGGACAGGAAAAUUGAGUUUCCUUUGCCUGAUAGACGACAAAAGCGACUUGUUUUUCAGGUCUGUACUGCGAAGAUGAACUUGAGUGAUGAGGUUGACUUGGAGGAUUAUGUUUCACGGCCAGACAAGAUCAGUGCUGCCGAGAUUACUGCCAUUUGCCAAGAAGCAGGAAUGCAUGCGGUGCGUAAAAACAGAUAUGUUAUCCUGCCAAAGGAUUUCGAAAAGGGUUAUCGAUCCAACGUGAAGAAGCCUGAUACAGAUUUCGACUUCUACAAGUGAUAAUCUCCGAAGCAGCCCUCUCUUAUGUUUUUAAGAGUCAUUUAUUAUUUGGGACCUAGCUUUUGUUAAAAGACAAAAGACCUGUAUGAAGUAGUUCUCUAACAUUUGUUUGCCUUUUUGUUUUUGUAUUUUGUGAUAUUUUAAGUCUGCUAUUUAUGUACAAGUAUUUUUCUUA